AUGGUGCUGUUCGUGCUCUACGUCAAGGCGGACCUGGAGAACGUGGAGACGCUGGAGGCGCCCCCGCUGCACCGCUGGUGCCUGGACGUCAAGGAGCCGCGCGGCGACGAGAAGCGUGAGGCCGUGUUCGUGUCGGACGAGGAGGCGGUGGACGUGGCCGGCGGCCGGGGCGAGGUGCACUUCACGCUCAAGUGGCCGGGCGCCAACAAGCCGUCGCAGCUCACGGUGGUGCGCGACAUCAAGAAGCUCACGCGCGCGGUGUCGGCCGCGGACUCGGGCGAGUUCGUGCCCUUUGUGGGCUUCGAGUGCCGCGGGAUUGAGCCCUAUGCGUGGCACCCGGAGAGCGGCUACAAGGUGGUCUCUGCUGGCGGCCAGGCGACGUUCGAGGACGUGGACUUGAGCGACGACUGGGCCGACUACGACGAGGAGGGCGAGCAGUCUGUGGGCGUGUACGGAGUCGAGUACAAGUUCGAGGUGCACAAGUAG